GAAUAGUGAGUAGUUUUCUUUUCUCAAUCGCCACAUUGGUGUGCAUCUUGUGUUAAGAUCCUGUAGAAAUUUUUCGUUCUUUUUUGCACACUGCGACUUGCUUAAUGCUUAUAAUAUAUUAUGUAAUGGUACACAGAGAGUUAUUUUUUAUUGCAGUAAGUUAUAAAUAAACAAUCAAGACGUAGUAACCAGAAAUCUGCCGAGCCUUUUGAGACAUAAUUGAAUUAAAGACGAUGACUAUCUUUACACAUACAGCUUAUAUCGAAAAAUUUCCUAAUGAAGUCGAAAAUUUUGUUAUUAAUGCCAUUGAAGUUGGCAAUGUUAGAGUCAUCGACGAGUUCAUAGAUUCUGGACAUUGCGUUAAUUCCUAUCUCAGUAGUGGAUGGACUUUACUAAUGUACGCUGCAUCAUUCUCCCAGGUAGAGGUUGUUCGACAGUUGCUGAAUCGUGGCGGAGAUCCAAACAUUCAUCACGAAGGCUUCACGCCUCUUAUGGCACUGAGUUCCUCUACCAGCAGGCACUCGGCUGAUCGCUUGCAGUGCUUAAAAUCCCUGUUAAAGGCAAAGGCUGACGUGAAUACUACUAAUAAACUUAAAGAAACGGCCCUAAUGUUUGCAAGUAAAACGCAGCAGUCUGACUUUGUGCUUGAAUUACUAGAGCACCAGGCUUGUAUUGAUUUUACUGAUUGCCAAGAGUGGACUGCAUUAUUUUAUGCAGUUGCCAGCAAUAAUGUACAUAAUGUUGAAGUCCUUUUGAAAUGGGGAACUGAUUCAACUUUGAAAACUUAUGAUGCCCUUAGCGUUUAUGAUGUAGCUGUAGCUAAGGGACACGAAAAAUUGAUAACUUUGUUAAAUAGUAAUUGUCCAGGCAAAUGCCAGAAUAUAAAUGUACAUGCCACAAUGUUUUGGACAGAUCUGUUUCCAAAUCUAAUCAAACUAAGACCAGAUGAAGUGGAUUGCAACGUCGAAGGCAUCUUGUAUGGAAUGGGCUUAAGCUGUUACAAUAAACUUUUUUAUGGCAUGAAUCUGUCACAAUUUUUAACUUUAGAAGAAAAAGAUUUAGUACUACUGGAAAUCAAUCUAAAACUUCAUAGAAAAAAAUUCAUAGAAGGUUUAGUCAGGUUUCAUAAACAUGAAUGGUCUAGCAAUGUAGUAAAACUGAAUGUUACUCAAGAGUAUAUUUCUCUCAACACAAUUAAAUUAUUAGGAAAUAUUAGUUAUCAAUUAUGCAUUAUGUCUAGUAGCUUGUACUUUUUAAUAAAUUAUCGGUCCCAAGUAGAAGAAAACCAACAAUCACAUCUUACUUACUUAAACAAAACAAAAAUUAUGGAAGAAGUAACAAAUAUUCUAAUAGUAGUUCAAAAAAUAAGAGAUAGCAUACUAAAUAUACGAACAAUUCUCUAUUGUAUGAAUAAGCAAAACUCUAAUUUAUGUUUACCAAUAUUUAUUACAAAAAAAACUAAAAAACAUAAAAGUUGCCUCUGGAUGGUAGUAAUUAUUUCUGUAGCCAGUACAUAUUUGCUUCUUAAAAAAGCAGUAAAAUGUUAGGAAAACAUUAAAAACUCUACAGUUAAAACACAAAAAGAUCUGUACUAUUUUAUUGAUGUAAAUACAUGUGUCUAGAGUGCAUUUUUAGUUGAAAGAUUGCAUUUCUUUCAGUUAACACUUUUGCAUACACCAUGGUGUAUUGAAUGUAAACUUAUAUUUUUGACUACUGCAAUACAUACAUCAUUAGUUAUAAACACUUAUUACAUUCGAACACAGAGUGUUUUUAAAAAAUUAAAAUUUUUUUGUGCCAUUUUCCACAUCAAAUACACUUAUAUUCAAAAUUUGUUUUCUUUGAUAAAUGCUAUAUUGUUUAUUUGUAUACACAGCCAGAAUAAAGUGUACUUAAAUACAAUUUUGGUCUGAAUUUAUUUCAUUGGUCUAAAACUACUUAGUUCAAGGAAGUUGGUGUUGAAUGACAUUUUAAGAUUUUUGAAUUUUCAUUCUCUUAUAUCAUUAAAAUUAUCACUUAUUGACGUCA